GGUAGGGACUAGGGACUCGCCAAAGAAGGAAAUAAAAUAUGAAUUGAGGGGCUUAAAAAGAAGAUAAUUAAAAGAAAAGAGGACGAAUUACAGGAGACGACAAGAAUUCCAAGGGCGUGAUCCUUAAGGACAAAGUAAUAUGUUUUUCUUUAUCCUCACAAUCCUCUUUCAUGCGACACUUUUCCGCUUUUCCCUCUCCAUCUUCCCCCUCUCACUCUGCCCCUUCUGUCUUUUUAAUUCCCCAUUCCCCCUUCCCUCUGAAAUCUAAACCUCCGCUCUCCCUCCCCUUCUCCACAUCACAAUGGCCAAACCUCCUCUUUCUUUCUUCCUCCUCCUUCUCUACUGUUCCGGAUUCAUGCUGCUCAUCUUCUCCGAUCGCUACUCUUCCGCCCCACCUGUCGCCAAUAUCGUCCUCUCUCACAUUCCGAUCAUCGGCAAGAUCCUCCCCAGAAGAACUUUAGGUGACACCACCGUCAUCACUGUGCCCUCCAGCAAUCCUGUCACUGUCUACCCCACCAAUCCAUCUGCAGUGCCUGUCACUGUGCCUUCCUCCAAUUCCCCCGUACCGGUUGCGGCUUAUCCUCCUCCGUCUCCGUCGUCGACGGGUGUCCCGGUCACAAAUUCUCAACCACCACCUCCAUCCGGGACUAAUGCUGCUCCUGCCGUUUCUGGGCAGAAGUGGUGUGUGGCUAAAUCUGGAGUUUCACAAUCUGUUCUUCAAUCCGCGCUUGACUAUGCUUGUGGAAUGGGAGGUAUCGACUGCUCUCAGAUCCAGCAGGGAGGGAGUUGUUACAAUCCCGACACUCUGCAGAACCACGCAUCUUUUGCCUUCAACGCCUACUACCAAAAGAACCCCGCUCCGACCAGUUGUGACUUCGGAGGCACCGCCACCUUAGUUACCACCAACCCUAGCACGGGCUCUUGCGUUUACCCAGCGUCUUCGUCGUCGUUGUCGUCGCCAACAACUCCGUCGUCAUCUUCUUCGUCGCCGCCGCCAACAUCUGCGUCGUCGUCGUCGUCGUCGUCGUCGUCAUCACCGACGAAAUCUCCAACUCCAACAACACCGUCAUCAUCAGGAGGAGGUACUCUUGGUUAUGGUCGCCCGACAUCAUCGGCGCCGUUGACUUCGAGCAAUCCGACGUCAGGAUAUAUGCCACUUGUCGGGUCGCAAAGCCCACCUUCCACUUCCUGGUCGCAUUCAAGUGGUGUCAGACCUUUUGUUGCCCUCACGGUUCUGCUGAUAUGGUUGGUCUCUGCGAACCUCAACAUGCGCACUUAGAAGAGGACGACCAGUAGCUCUAUUAUUAUGACUUGGGUGAGUGUACUAGUAGUAGAAUUUAAGUAAAUUGCGGUUUCUGGCUUCUGGGCUGUUAUGUUGCUGCACGGGUUGUGGUAAUGUACAUCGUUUGUAAGAGCUAUAGUAUAUUAGUCAUUAGUGUGAGGUGUAAUGGUGACAGACCUACUUCAAAUUCAUUUGCAUAAAUGGGAGAUUGACAUUCAUAUCA